UUUCUUUAACCAAAAAAAAAGAACCCACCAGCCAAAGAAAAAAAGAAAAAAAGAAAAAAAGAAACAAAGAAAGACCUCUUCUUUCUUGACUCUACGCGACGCCCCGACCCCGACCUUCAUUUCUUAAACCCGCAGGGAUUUUCCCAAAGGAGAUGGGGGGUUCGGAUUUGCCUAUGCUGGGAACCAAACAAGACAAGAACACCCUUUUAUUUGCCUUGAAGGGAUCCUCGUCUAUAUAUACCACACACAUAUAAAGACAGCUCUAUCAGAUCAUAUAGAGCCAUGGAGUGCCCGGAGAAGAUGAGGAGUUAUAUGGAGGCGUUAGAAGAGGAGCAGCGCAAGAUCCAAGUCUUUCGACGCGAGCUGCCUCUGUGCUUGGACUUGGUAACAAAAGCUAUUGAAGCAUGCAAGCACCAGCUGUCCGAAACGGCGACAGUUACGACUACAACUAAUACUUCGACUGAGGGAAUGAAUGGCCAGGUAUCGGAGUGCUCGCAGCAGAAUUCGAUGAAGGGUCCUGUGCUGGAAGAAUUCAUCCCUAUCAAGAAGACUUCAUCUUUUGAUGAUCAUAUGGAACACGAUGAUGACGAUGUCGCCGAGCAACAUUCCAACAACUAUGGAUCAGACAACGACAAGAAGAAAUCCAACUGGCUUAAAUCAGUUCAGCUCUGGAAUCCCAACCCCGAAGCAACUCCUCGUGAGGAUUCUCCUCCUCCUCCUAAAAGGGGAUCAGUGUCGGAUGGAAAAACAACCGGCGCUUUUCUGCCUUUCCUGAACGGAGAAAAAUCCGCCGGGAAGAGCAGCCCAUCUUCAGGCAGGGCAGUGUCUCCUUUGCUUCCUGCCGCCGCCGCCUCCACGAGCUCCACGGCAGAGAGAGGAGGCGGUGAGGCCGGCAACAGGGAGGAGAAGCAAAAGGCGGGCACUCAGAGGAAGCAGAGGCGGUGUUGGUCGUCGGACUUGCACAGGCGGUUCUUGCACGCUCUCCAACAGCUGGGCGGACCACAUGUUGCAACGCCUAAGCAGAUAAGGGAGCUAAUGAAGGUCGAUGGUCUCACUAACGAUGAAGUCAAGAGCCAUUUACAGAAAUAUCGUCUCCACGCUAAGAACUCGCCACCACAGAACAGUGCAAAUGCACAACCGCCUCAGUUCGUCGUUGUCGGAGGGAUAUGGGUGCCAUCACCACAGCCACAGUAUGCAGCCGCAGCUGCGGCUGCCACAUCCCCAGGGCCUGCCCGUGGAACUUAUGCACCGGUGGCAGCAGCUAUAUCUAUUAGGGCUGCUCAGGCACAACAGAAGUAUCGUGGGUCGAGUUCUUCCAAGGAUCAAGAUGAAGCACGCGGGAGCUCAAAUUCCGCGAGCACAUCAUUCUCUGCUCGCACGGUUACUGUUUGCUGAAUUUUGUAGGGAAGAAAGGAGUGUAAAAGUUUUUGUAACUGACCCUUCAUAAUGAAAAUAUAAAAUAAGAGAGGAAUAAAAGAAACAAAGAAAACUUCAUUGGUGUGUAAUGGAGACAAUAGGAGGUUGGUCGAGAGAGGGAGGUUUUUAUGGUACUUUUCGUGACCUUCUUUAUCUGUUUUUCUCUUUAUAUUUUUCUUUUUUUGAAGUUAUAUUCCGAGAUUACCAUGUUCUUCUUUAUCCUUUCAGAAAAAAAUUGUCAUCUGUGAAAUAUUAAGCAUCAAUAAAAUCAAAAUAAAUAUCACAAUGAA